UCGAGCGCACAGCAACCCCAGCAAAUUAAACACACACACCAAAAAAUACUUGCAGCUAACAAACAAUACUAUAAGGUUAACUAAAGUUGGGCAGAGAUUUAGUUUGAAACGGAAACAACGCUCGACGAGUGCAAAUAAUUAAAGGCAGUUAACUAAAGUGCACGAUCGACAUGGAGGCGCCAGAGUUCAAAGAUUUUGCCAAAACAAUGGUGGAUUUUAUAGCCGAAUAUCUGGAGAACAUACGCGAAAGACGCGUUCUGCCGGAAGUGAAGCCUGGCUACCUUAAGCCCUUGAUUCCGGAUGAGGCACCCGAGAAGCCGGAGAAGUGGCAGGAUGUGAUGGAGGACAUCGAACGGGUCAUCAUGCCGGGUGUGACCCACUGGCACAGUCCCAAGUUCCAUGCCUACUUCCCCACGGCCAAUUCAUAUCCAGCCAUUGUGGCUGAUAUGCUGAGUGGUGCUAUUGCCUGCAUCGGAUUCACCUGGAUCGCCAGUCCUGCGUGCACGGAACUCGAAGUGGUCAUGAUGGAUUGGCUGGGCAAAAUGCUGGAUUUGCCAAAAGAAUUCUUGGCCUGCUCCGGCGGCAAGGGUGGCGGUGUCAUCCAAGGAACAGCUAGUGAGUCUACAUUGGUCGCCCUCCUGGGUGCCAAGGCAAAGAAGGUUAAGGAAGUGAAGGAGCUGCAUCCAGAGUGGGAUGAGCACACCAUCUUGGGCAAGCUUGUGGGCUAUUGCUCUGAUCAAGCUCACUCCUCCGUGGAGCGUGCUGGUCUUUUGGGAGGAGUAAAACUUCGUUCUGUUCUUUCGGAAAAUCAUCGGAUGCGUGGAGAUGCUUUGGAAAAAGCCAUCGAAAAGGAUCUGGCUGAAGGUCUGAUUCCAUUUUAUGCCGUGGUUACCCUGGGCACCACCAAUUCCUGCGCCUUCGAUUACCUGGAUGAGUGCGGACCCGUGGGUAACAAGCACAAUGUAUGGAUCCAUGUGGAUGCUGCCUAUGCUGGCUCUGCAUUCAUCUGCCCAGAGUACCGUCAUCUGAUGAAGGGUAUUGAAUCAGCUGACUCCUUCAACUUCAACCCUCACAAAUGGAUGCUGGUGAACUUUGACUGCUCAGCCAUGUGGCUGAAGGAUCCCAGUUGGGUUGUUAACGCCUUCAAUGUAGAUCCUCUGUACCUCAAACACGAUAUGCAGGGAUCAGCUCCGGAUUAUCGCCAUUGGCAAAUCCCACUGGGUCGCCGUUUCCGCGCUUUGAAGCUCUGGUUUGUUCUUCGCCUGUAUGGAGUGGAGAAUCUUCAGGCUCAUAUCCGUAGACAUUGCAAUUUUGCCAAACAUUUUGGCGAACUUUGUGUGGCUGAUUCGAGAUUUGAACUGGCUGCUGAGAUUAACAUGGGAUUGGUCUGCUUCCGACUGAAGGGAAACAAUGAGCAGAAUGAAGCUCUUCUGAAACGCAUCAAUGGACGAGGCAACAUCCACAUGGUUCCUGCUAAGAUCAAGGAUGUGUACUUCCUGCGAAUGGCCAUUUGCUCACGUUUCACACAGUCCGAGGAUAUGGAAUAUUCGUGGAAGGAGGUCAGUGCCGCUGCUGAUGAAAUGGAACAGGAGAAGUAAUGUGGUUUUACGGGUCUAAUCCGGGUUUUAAUUAUAAAAUAAAAUAUAAUAAUUUAAUUACAACAAAUUGUUAAACAGUGGACCAAGAUACCAUUAAGUAUUUCGACUAAUAGUUAAAUAUCUAAUGGUUAAAACCGGAUUAGACCUAAAUCCAUUUUUCACAUGCGACAUGUUUAGGGAAUUUACAUCGCAACAAAAGAUAGAAGGACUAUACGCCCUCCAUCGCCACAUUAGACUUUAGGUGUCCUAUCAUCGUAUCGUUGAUGUUGUUAAUGCUUUUAUUGUUAACGUUCUACGCGUAAUUAAAACAUAUGUAUUCUGCUUAAAAAUACAACAAAUUGUAACUAUAAA